AUGGGUGUGACAAUAUCCCACACAGCCUUCUCCCCACUGUCCAUGAUAUCGACCAUCAUCGGCUUCAUCUCCUUCACCUUUACGCUCGCCACCCUACUCAAGGUCACCUGGUCGAAUCUAGCAACCUUUAAUGCCGCACCACAAGAGAUCAAAAAUAUGCUGUCAAGCCUGAAGCAAGGACUGUUGGAAGAAAGAAGGCAUUUGAGAAGAGUGAGAAAGAGACUGAGGAACGUACGGAGAGACCAAAGCCACGGUCCCAGCGCAAGAAGUGAUUCCGAAGAGUAUUACGGCGGAUACGGCAGUGGCAAGAACGGGAACGAGAGUCGAAAACGAAGCAGACGAGGGAGGGGGAGCGGCAAAAGAAGGACCAUGCACUUCGACCGCGAUAUGCAGAGCAUGCGCUCAAGCGGCGAAGAAGCAGCAUUAAGCGUAAUGCGCGUCACCAUCCGCGACCUCAUCCAAAAGUUCCGAGAUCUCGAGUAUCCCUUUCUGAAACCAGAACACCAGUCCCAGGACUCGGCGCAAUGGUCUACUCAAUCUACAUCUCUUCCAUCUGAAAAGUCACCAUACGCAGCGCAAUACUACCCGCACUCCGAUGACGAUGAUUCUCCUUCAGCUAGGCACAUGCGCAAUAGUAACCGUCUGGGUCUGGAAUACGCAAACUGCGAUCUUCAACAUCGUUGGUUGUGGGUGCGGAGGAAGGCUGAUGUGAUUAACCUUAGUACGGUGUUGAGUAGAGUGGAGGGUAGGCGGACGGCGCAUGAGGUGGGCCAGGUGUUUAGUAUGGUGUCAGACAUUGGGAGAGAUGUUGAAGAUUUGAGAGGGGUGCUUGAAGGGGUGGAGGCUAGGUUGAAUAGAGUUGUGGGGAUAAGACGUGUGGAUUAA